UUGAUAACACAGAUCAGAAGUGCAUUGGAUUAUCAAGGAUAAAGCAGGUGGAAUUUUAUCAACUAUGGACACGUCCCUCUGUCAAUCUUGUUCCAAAAUAGGCACAUGCGCUUCCUCUGCCGUGAUUUGCUUAGACUGCAAGGAAGGUUUAUGUAAGCCAUGCUUGAAUGCACACAAAGAGAAUCCUGAAUAUAUCAUUCAUAGAAUCAGCGAAGUAAAUUCUAACCAGAGAUGUAUGUUUGUAGCAUCCAGUAUCAAUACAAGCAAAGAUGAUGUACUGCCUUCUCUUCCAAUACUUAGAUUCAAAUUUGAACGUGAAAUUGACAUAUCAUAUGAUGGACAAAUCUAUGUCUCGAGCCUAGCUGUAACCAAGGAUAACCGUGUCAUUCUCUGUAACACAAGAAGUAAAAACCUGCUAGUUUACAACGAAAAUGGAAAACACAUUCAAGAUUGUAAGCUGAACGGUGAACCUUGGGACAUAGCAUUUAUACAUGGCGGGAGCAAAGCCGUUGUAACGCUGGAAAAUAUGUCUGCUAUCCAGUUUAUUGAGACCAGCCCUACAGUGAACCCCGGAAAGAGCCUCUCAUUACCACAUAAAUGUUAUGGAGUGGCUGUUAUUCACAACCAUGUCUAUUUGGGUGGACGUGGUAGUAUCUAUGUGAUAGAUAAUGCGGGGAAACCAGUUACAUCUUUUAACCUAGGUGUAAAUGGAUUUGUGUGGUACCUUCAUCCAGGACCAUCGGAAACUCUUCUAUUUACAUCUUAUGAUUUUGAUGAUGUUGGGAGUCUUAAUUUAAAGACUGGAAAAUUUUAUUUCCGUUGUGAGAAUAAAACAAUUAAAGGACCGGAAGGCAUAACGACAGACAAAAGCGCGAAUAUUUAUAUAGCAUGCAGGGACUCUGAAAACAUCCAAAGAUUGACACCUACUGGAGUAUGCCAGAGUAUAGUUUUAUCAUCGAAAGAUAAAAUUAAAAGACCAUAUGGACUUGCCUUCAACUCACAAUGCACGCAAUUAUAUGUAGCAAACAAUGAUGGACAGACAAUCACGAUUUAUUUAGGCUUUCAAUGA